GGCACUUACACUGACAUAGUUGACAUGUUUGGCUUCACAUGCUUUUACUCAGAAUUUCUCUCGACACCAUUUAGCUACCUUUGCCUGUUUGGUUUUCUCAGUCAGAGGAAGUGGUGAAUGUGUUUCCUGCCCUGUCUCCCCCCUCCAGAAACAUACUGACAUACACACACACACACACACAGAGCAGAGCUGAAGUGAAUGCAGAGAGAGAGGAGGGGAAAGCAGAGCUCAAGCGAAAGAAGGUUUUAGCCAGCAGCGAGCGAAGAAAAUGGCGAUCAUGCAGGACGAAUUCCUCCCCUCGUAGAUGCUGCAAACGCGCUGAAUUUCUUUUAGCCUUACAGCCGGCUUUCCUUUCCACUCUGUUGCACUUUAUACUUCAAUGAGAGAUUUGGAAUUGGAAGCUGUUGUCACCAAAGAAACUGAAGCAUCUUAACAGGGAUCACACCCAUAGAGGGAAGAACAGUGGAUGGAAGAGAGAGAGAGACGCAAAGUGUGAAGAGGAAGGAGGAUAAAGAAGAUACAGGACUGGACAAAAGUGCCAGAGCAUACCAAGUCAAGGCAGAGUCCUAAAUCUAAACCACAACCCCCCCCCUCCCCCUCCCCACACAUACACCUACACACCCGCAUACUCACACAUACAGUCUUCAGCAAUGCCAAGGGGGCCUGAUCAGCCUGCUGCCCGCUCUGACAAGCCCCGCCUCUUCACCUCAAACCCUUGAGGCUGUGUCCUCUGAGCUUCGACCUUUGACCUCCCCUUCGUCAACCUGGGAACUAGAGGUCACCUGUUCUCCAGUCAACCCGGGGACGCCCUCCUGCCCAGCCAGGAGCCGCAGCCACAAACCACACUCGCAGGCAUGGCUCCCAUUCGGGAUUCCGUCAGCCACUCCCCUAAUCAAACAGGUCUGGAGCAUCCUGGCUUGGACUCACAGUAUGAGCCUUCCCCCUGGUCCUCUGGCUCUCCUUGCAGCAGUGACAGCAACAGCAACUGGGGCAAAGUCCUAGUGGACGGAAGCACCGACAAACCCAACAACCCUUCUUCAACCAACUCUUCCGUCUGGCCUCCCUCCUCCUCCUCAUUCUCUUGCUCCUCGUCUUCUUCCUCUUCUGGCUGUGGGUCAGGAUCAGACCCUGAGCUGGCAUCAGAAUGCAUGGACGCAGACUCUAGUUCCUCAAUCGGCUCAGAGAAAAACCUCGCCGCUGUUGCUGUGACAACAGUGAUGAUGAUGUCAGCAAAUGCUUCUUCCUCUGUGUCUUCUUCUACGGCUUCUUCCCCCACUUCCUCUCUGGUGACUUCUGCCAUGAUGGUCGGCGUGUCGGUGAAUGGAGACAGCAACGGCAACAGUCGUCAGGUUAUUGGUGGAGGGAUGGGAACCAUCAGUGGUGCAAAUAAUGGAAAUAAUAACAUCACCGGACCCUCCCACUACUCUGUGGCUGGGUCCAGCAGUAUUGGCAGCAAUAACAUGGGUAACCACAACAUCAAGCUCGUCAAUAACAGUGGUGUAUGGGGCACCCAGUCAGGCAGCAACAUGAUCACCACGGGCGGAAGCACCCCUUGCAUCAAUGGAGGGUUAAACCCAAACACUUUAAACCCAAAUGCCAACCACGGUGCCUGGCCACAGAAUCCGACCCCAAGCCCAGUGUCCCAGGGCCAACGGCCUCCACAGGCUCAGGGGAUGAGUUCUAAACUGGGUAUAGCUCCCCAACAGGGCCCCUUGCUGGGCUGGGGUGGCAUGGCAGCUCCAGACAACAGCAGUAUGAUGGAAGACACUGAGGUGAAUAAUGGUACAGCAAGCAGCAAGGUGUUAGGAAGCAGCAACAGUGGAAAUGGUGGCCUGCAGCCUACCAACCUUAACACUGAAUCCAAUGGACCAAAUAACACUAUUAUGAUGAAUACUACUACUACUACUACUACUAACGCCACAAUGACCUCUAGUCCACCAAACUCUACCGCCUCACCCCAACUCAGCGGGGAUUGUUCCUGGGGCUCCAUUGGAGGAGGGAAUGGGGGUCCGCUGGCCAAUGGAAACCCCUCAUCAGCCCCCCAGAACCCCCAAGGAGAGCUGGGGGGUCCUGGGGCCUUCGGUACGCCUUGGGGCGCAACUACCUACCCUGGAGACAAGGGCCCCCCAAAUGCAGACACUGUGAACCCCCAAAACCCUGCCUUAAUGCAGGCUGGGAACCCCCAAAUCUCCUCUACUGCUGCUUACAAGAGUAAUAAUAACCACAAUAACACUGGGGCCCCACGCUGGGACCAGGGGCCCGCCAAUAACCCAAACCAGCCUCAGAGCAACUUGUCCUGGGGUGUCGGCUCAAAUCAAAUCCCAGGCUCUGCAGGCCAAACACCAGGAAAUGGGAACCAAACUACGAUGGGCCCUCCAGCAGGGAUACCUCGUCCCUGGGGAAGCAGCGCGUCGUCGUCGUCUUCUUCCUCAUCCUCAUCGUCCUCUUCCACAUCAAACAACAAGAUGUCAAAUGGAGAAUGGGGAUCAGCAGCUCCUGGUAACAGCCAUUCAGAUGCUGGAAGUCAGAAAGGAAGCUCUGCCAACAAUGGCUGGAAGAGCCUGGAGGAUGACGCCAUGGGCAUGGGAGGUGGAGGGGGAGGAGGUGGAAGCCAUGGCUUGGGGAGUGUCACAGGAGGCUGGGGUCGCUCUGGAGGAAGUGAGGGAAGCGGAGAGAGUUCUGGAGGCCGAUCCGGCUCAGACAGGGAUAGCAGCCAGCAAAAAGGGGUAAACCGCAGAAAAGGUACCCAUUCUGCUUCAGUAAUAUCAGCUCUGGCCCGGGUCGAUGUGGACCCAAGGGUUCUGUCCAACACUGGGUGGGGACAGACGCCCAUUCGGCAGAACACCGCCUGGGAUGUCAAUUCUCCUAAUAACAAUCACUCCCAGGGUUCCAGAGGAGAUGAAAGAAAGCACAGCAGCGGGGGCUCCAGCUGGGGCACAACAACACCGGCAGCUCCCUCCCAGACUUCUGGAGGCUGGGGGAGUAGGCCGGGCAGCUCAGGCCCAGAUACAGGAGGUUCUGGCUGGGGAGAGCAGAGACCAACCUCUGGGUGGGACAGCAAAGUCCCAGUGAGUGGAGGAGGUGGGCAGAGUGGCUGGGAUGAUGGAUCCAGCUACAAGGGUAGCAACACCAACAGUAACACAUGGAGCAACAACUUCAACAAAGAUGACCGGUCCAAUACCUGGACUAAUACGCCCAAACCACAGCAGGGCUGGGGUUCCAGUGGUGGAAAUGGAAGUGAAGGCUGGGGUGGCGGAGGAGAUGGUACCAGAGGAGGAGCCAACAACCACUGGGGGGAGCCCCAAAAAGGUGCAGGCUCGGUGGGCUGGGACAGUGACAGUGACCGGUCUGGUUCUGGAUGUUGGAGCGAGCCAAGCCGAACCAACACCAGCAGCAGCAACACCUGGGUAGGGAGUGGAGGCUCAAAUACUCCAGAUCAGAGCACACCAAACCCAGGCUCCAACUGGGGCGACUCAGUUCACAAACCCACUCCUCAGAGUAACAGCCAGGGCUGGGGUGAGCCAAUGAAGAACAACCACGGAGGUCAGAACUGGGGUGAGCCAAAUCCCAAGCCCUCUAACGAGUGGGGAAAAGGUCCUGACACCAACAUGUCCAGAGGCAAUCAAGGCUCUAACAAGCCCACAGGCUGGCAUGGAGGCCCCAUACCCACAGUAGGUCAGAAGGAGGAAGUGGCGACUGGGUGGGAAGAGCCCUCUCCAGAGUCCAUACGGCGGAGGAUGGAGAUCGAUGAUGGCACUGCAGCUUGGGGAGACCCUGGCAAGUACGGUAGUGGAUCUGUCAACAUGUGGAACAGGACUGGCCAAUCAGACCAGGAGAACAUGGGCAUGUCCUCUCAGCACCAGUCUCACCCAUCACACAGCUCGAUGCAUCCUCCUCAGCCCAUGCAGCCUCUUGCCCAGGACAAAAGCUGUAGUUCUGGUUGGGGUGAGCCAUACCCCCAGCAGAAGGAGUCCUCAACGUGGGGGGAGCCUACCGCUGCUCCACCUGUCACGGUGGACAACGGAACGUCUGCCUGGGGGAAGCCCAUGGACAGCACCUCCGGCUGGGAUGAACCCAGCAGGGACAGCAGAGAGUCCGGGUCUGGCUGGGGCAACCAGCAUAAGUCUGCUCCAGGUCCCAAGCCCAUGGAGACAUGGUGUGGUGAGGAGGUGUCCAUGGGCAAUAGCUGGGACCAGGAAGAAGAGGUGGAGAUCGGCAUGUGGAGCAACAGCCAACAGGACAACAGGUCCCAUGACCAAAACACCUGGAAUUACAAGCAUAAAGGCUCAAACAAGAUGAACAAACCAGUCAACAAACAGGAUGAACCCUGGAUGAAACCUUUCAUCAACCAAUUCAGUGGCAUGAACUUCCCUAGAGACUCUCCUGAUGACUCCAUGAAGACAGGAGCAGGGAUGGUGCAGGACAAGCGUAUGGACAUGGGCAGUAUGGGAGACUUCAAUGGAGUAAUGGGGAAGAACCCUGGGUCUCGUCACCAGCUCCACAAAGAGUCUGCCAUGGAUCGCAGCCCUUACUAUGACAAGAAUGUAAACCCCAUGUUGGGUGGCAGCAGCGUAGCACAGGGCCGAGGCGGCCCCCAGUCCCAGGUCCCCCCCCAACCCAACCUUCGUAACCAAGUGCCUCCACCCAUCCUGCCCUCUCAGGUCCCUCCAUCCCUGUUGAAGUACCCUGGAGGUAACGGAGGUCUGAACCCUCUGUUUGGCCCUCAGCAGGUGGCUGUGCUCAACCAACUCUCCCAGCUCAACCAGCUAUCACAGCUUAGCCAGAUCAACCAGUUACAGCGUCUUAUUAUCCAGCAGCAGCAGCAGCAACAGCAGAAAGCUCAGAGCCAGAGAGCCAUGCCUGUGGGACGACAGACUGAACAGACACGUCCUAUUGGUUCGUCUCCAUCAAUGAUGCAGCCCCCACGUCACCUGGACCCCUCUUUGCUGAAACAGGCCCCACCUCUCAAACCGUACCUGGAUAACUACUUGUCCCACAAUACCCCUGAGAUGCAGAAGGAUGCUGCCACGCUCGGAUCCUUCAGCAACUUCCCUUUAAGCUUGAACUCUAACCUGAAUGUAUCCCUGGACAUGGGUGUUGGUGGUGGUAGUAGUGGUGGCGGAGCUGUGAGCUACAAAGAGCCGCCCCAGUCCAGACUGAAGAAACUUUGGGCUACUGACCCUCUGGAGCAGAACAGCAAACCUGGUGCUAUGUCGUCUGGGCUGCGUCUGGAGGACUCUCCCUUCUAUGACUUCCUGUCUCCUGGCCCAUCUCCCCUGAGUCCUCCCGGCCAAUCAAUGGGCUCGGUGGGUGAUGGCUGGCCACCCCGUGCCAAUUCCCCCCCGCCCCAUGGAAACACUGUCACCUGGCCCCCAGAGUUCCGGCCCGGGGAGCCUUGGAAAGGUUACCCCAACAUUGACCCUGAGACUGACCCCUACGUGACCCCCGGCAGUGUCAUCAACAACCUCUCCAUCAACACCGUCCGCGACACAGACCACCUCAGGGACAGGAACAACGGGCCAUCCUCAUCACUGAACACCACGAUGCCUUCUAACAGUGCCUGGUCAUCCAUUCGUGCCUCCAGCCACAGCGGUUCCCUCACCAGUACAGCACAAAGCACUUCAGCCAGACCCAGUGAGUCAAAGUGGUCUCCCGGCAGCGGUUCUGUGUCCAACUCCUCCCUCGCCCAUGAGCUGUGGAAGGUCCCCCUGCCUCCCAAGGCGCUGUCUGUGGCAGCCCCCUCCAGACCACCACCUGGCCUCACCAGCCAGAAGCCCAGCCCUGCCUCCUCUGGCUGGGAUGGCUCUGCUCUGAGGUUGGGGGGCUGGGGCUCCUCUGAGUCCAGAUACACACCUGGUUCCAGUUGGGGUGACAGCAGCAGCUCAGGGAGAACCCAAUGGCUUGUUCUGAAAAAUCUCACACCUCAGAUUGACGGCUCUACCCUGAGGACCCUGUGCAUGCAGCACGGCCCUCUGAUCACAUUCCACCUCAACCUGCCGCACGGUAACGCCGUGGUAUGCUACAGCUCCAAGGAUGAGGCUGCCAAGGCCCAGAAGAGCCUGCACAUGUGUGUUUUGGGGAACACUACUAUUCUGGCUGAGUUUGCCAGCGAGGAGGAAAUCAACCGUUUCUUUGCACAAGGGCAGUCAUUGGCCACUCCCUCCUCCAGCUGGCAGGCCAUCGGCUCCUCUCAGAGCAGAAUGGAUCAGUCUCACCCCUUUCCCAGCCGAGCUCCUGAACCCAACCAGUGGAACAGCAGCGAUCUCCACAGCUCCUCCCUCUGGGGCGGGCCCAACUAUUCCAGUAGCCUGUGGGGGAGCCCCAGUGGCACCGAGGCGGGGAGGAUCAGCAGCCCUUCUCCAAUCAGCUCCUUCCUCCCGGUGGAUCAUCUGACAGGGGGUGGGGACGCCAUGUGAACCGCCUGCCAAUCAAACAGGCUGGGGGAAGGGUCAGUAGAGAAUUAUCAAUAAUCAGCAGAAGGAAAAAAAAAAAAAAAAAAAAAAUGUAGUUAUAAACGCAAAGGCACUAGUCGGACUCUUUCUCACUUACAAGAUAUUCAACAAAACGGGGUCUCCCCUGUGGAAAACAAGUUACGUUUCUCUCUCUGCACAUAUGUCCACUUUGUUUUAGCCCAAAAACAUAUCAGUCGGAAUACUUGAAUCAUGCAGGCCAAUUCUAUAAUGUGAACGGAUGGAUAUUUGCUUCCAGGUAGUGCUCUUUCAGACCGAAAAAAGCUUCAAUCGAGCUCAUUAUUAUAUAUAUAUUUUUUGUUUCAUUCAUCAUGUUUAUUUGAAUUCCAAUUCUUUUUAUUUUUAACGUUUUCUUUUUUGUUUUGUUUUUUUUUGUUUUUGUUUCUUUUUUUUUUGCAUUUGUUUGCUGACAAUGUUGGAGUAUGAGCUUUUUUAACUUUGCACUGAAUGUGGUUUUUUCUCAGUAUAUAUAAUCUGCAAUAUAGAGGGAGCAGCCAGUUUUUCCAGUGUAGCUGUUUACUCAUUGAGGUCCUUACCGUAUGUGUGUAUGCGUAUGCACGCGCACGUGUGUGGAAGUACUUUGUGUGUGUGGAUGAUAUGCGUGUGCGAAUGAGUAUGUGUGCGCUCCUCUCUGCCUUGGCACGCCUACCUUACUGCGUUGUCGUGGAGUUCAAGAUCAACAGAUAGUUAAAGAAGAAUAAAAGCUGACUUAGGAGGAUUAUCUGGUGAUAGUAAAAGUGACAUUAAAAAGUAUUGCACCAAUUUUGUUUUAAAACUAAAGAACGUUGAGCUCUGCAGUGCAAAGGACUGUAGCCGCAGCUGGGACUAGCAAGCCCCGCCCACCCUAAUAUAUGGGCGGGGCCUAUCUAGCAAGCCCUCCCACUGGCCCCCUAGUGGGCAGGGGGGGGAACAGCACUUUCAGAAUAGGCUUUCAAUGUUUUGGAGGUGCCACACUGCAACCUCUUGUUUACAAGACUUAGGAGGCGGAACGUGUGUUCAUUCUUCAUUUUAAAGAAAAGAUGGAAUAAAAUAAAACAAAAAAUACACAAAAAAAUCAAAAUUAUUUAAAAAAACAAAAAAAUGUACAAAACAAAGAGAAAAACAACAAAAAAUUUAAACUCUUACUGAGGAUGAAGAUGAUGCUUUGUAACUCUGGGAAUUCGGAUCAGUGUUUUUGGCCAUGGCGUUGGUUAUUUGAACUAUUCCUCUUUGUCUGCUAAAUAACCAGCAAUGGUUCUCAGGAAAUCAAGCCAGUUUUCCCCCCCUUGUAGUUGAAUUAAAAAAAAAACUACUACUCCUUGUAGGAAAGGAAAAUCCAACUUCUAGCACUGAAAACGAUGUAUAGGUCUGUAAAUUUUUUUUCUCUGCCAAAUAACUGCUUUAAGCUGGAGAAGCUCAACACACUGCUUUCGAUAUGCUGUCUUUUUGGGGGGGGGUCCUAAAGUGGGGGGUGGAGGACGGGCUGUAGAACACCCGACGCUCCCUCUCUCCUCCUCUUCCUCCACUCCUCCACUCCACUGAUGUUAAAAAAAAUCAAAAGUGGGGAGUGUUAAUCGUGUGUGUGUGUGACUGUCAGUGGAAAAUGUUGUCUUGUCGGACUUAAAAACCAAGAGAAAGGCGAAUCUGUAUCUAUGCAUACUGUAGCCUCUCACAUGGCCUACUGAGAGGUGUUUUUUUCUUUAUUUUUUUAUUUUUUUCCCGUGUCUCACAAAAUGUUUUAAAUGUUUCAUUGAGUACAACAAAAUGCGAAAUAUUACUUGCUUUCUUUUUUUUUUUAAUCGCUCUCAUUGCCACAAAUGGUGUUUUGAAAAAAGGAAAGAAGAAAAACUUUAAAAAUUUUGUUUUGGUUGAAGAUAAUAUUUUAACAGUGCAAAAGUCGUCCACAUUUCAUUGCCUUGAUCCUAAUUGUGUCCGAAGAUGCAACAACAAGUCAAGUGGCUUCUACCUGUUUACAAAUAGAAUAUGAUUGUAUUGUUGUACUGUUUUAUUUGUUUGUUUUUUUUUUCCUUUGGGUGGGGGGGGGGGGGGUACUCAUCUGAAGUUCCUGACCUGAUGAAUCGUGUGUGUGUGUGUGUGCAUUCGUGUGUGUGUGCGUGCUCUGUACCGGCAGAUGUGAGUUCUACCGCUGGAGGGAAGGGGUUGGGUGGAGGGAGGGAGUCGCGGUUGUGCGUGCGAACGGUGUGAAUGUAAAUCCACCAGUGGUGUUUGUCAACGAAAAAUACACGUGUGAAUAAUAGAAUUACCAGUGAUUGUUUAGUUACUAUGAUGCACAAUUUUUUUUUUUUUCGGGGAGAGACAAAAAGCUUCAGAGAGUGCGUGAACGAGAAGUCAGCAUUAGCGAAGCCAUGGACCUUAAUUUCUUUUCUUCAUUGUGUAAUUAUUCAGUGUAAAGCCUGUUGUGUGUGCGUGUGCGUGUUUUUUUUCCCCCCUCCGAUAAUAGGUUUUUAUUUCAGAAGUACUAGAAAUGUUGGCUUUAGUUGUGUUUUUAAGUUUAGCCUUGAAUAUUUAACGACUUCAAAGCAUACUGUAGUGAGGCAGAACCUUGAGUAUUAGCCAGACUUGACAGUGGUGUGUGCCAGUAUUGAACUGCUCUCUACCAAAUAAUUCAAUCAUACAAAAGAUUAGUUUACUUAAUUCCACAUCUCUUUGCUUAAACGAUAUAUAUCUCUUAUUUGUAUUUGUUUUUUGUCUUGUUUAACAAAUGUUAUCAAGUGGAACAUCUGAACCAUGUUUGUCAUUUGUUUUUUGAGUUAACUUAAUUUGACAAAUUGAACUGAGGAGCCUUGGAUUUUGCACUUGGGUGGAUUAGAGGAAAGGCUGGUUGGUCAGACAGACAGACAGGCGGUGUCGUUUGAAUUUUCAGGUCUGUCUGAGGGACAGAGUGUGUCUGCCAGAGUAUUGUGACAGGGUAAUGUGUGUGCGUGUGUUGUCUACAUGUUCUCAUCUGAAGUGUAAGUUGUGUGUGCGUGUGUGUGCUGUGAUUAGAGAAGAUGGUGCUUUGUUGGUCCCAGUGAGGGAGCGAGAGAAAGAGGGAGGGAGGCAUCGUCCCCCCUUCUCCAGGUUUACCUCUCCCUGUUCACUGGGCCGGCCCGGUCAGUGCGGCGACUUUGCCAUGCCGCCUGAACCGAGCCAGAAUGUAGCUGAAAAACGGUUUUAAAAGUAUAAAUGACAGCCAGAGCCUUGAUCCGCCUCAAUCCCUGAUCUCUGGCACCCGAUCAGCCUCAAACAUGAAACCACCUUGCAGAAAAAAAACAAAGCAACCACUGCUCAUUGUUGUUGUAUUUGAAUAAGUAUUCAGCUACUGUUCUUGACCACGCGUAGUUGUCAUGGUGAUUGACGGUGGCUGUUGCCGUGGAGAUGUUUGCAUCUCGAGGCUGACUGAAAUGAGGCGAGGCUUCUCGCUGGCCCAUAGUGACUCAGGCAAGGGGAUGUGACUUGUGAUCGGCUGGUUCUUCCUGGCUUUUCAGGGACACAGGGUUGCACUUGCCUCUCUGCUGGCUUAUCCAGGAUCAGCUCUCCCUCUCCAACUCCUAAGCUUAACUACAGGAGAGGAGACGCAAAACUGACAGGAGGUCUGGGGCAAGUGAACUCUAAAUAGUCAAUAUUCCCUUUCCGCUCUUGAUUAAAAUUACUUUACACUUCAUUCAUUCUGAUUUUGGCAGUGCUUCUCUCCGAGUGCUGAUCUAGGAGAAGUUUUGUCCCUCUUCAGUAUCCUUACCUUAACCAUUAGUGGGACAAAACCUGACCUCAGUUCAGCAGCUCAGGAGGUAGCAUUGCUCUGCUGUUAGAGAAGGGACAAGCAAUGUCUGUAAAAUGCCUCUCAUUGAUGUUGAUGUUACUGUUUAUGGUUCCCAGCUUAAUCUCGCUCUGUUUCUGUCUCGUCCAAUCUACUGUUAGAGUUUGUGUGUUGUGGGAAGAGCAAAAACUCUCGUACAGAAACUGUGUGUGUGUGUGUGUGUGUGUGUGUGUGUGUUUGUGUGUGUAUGUUUGAACACAUUAUCAUGCCAAAUUGAGGAGGGAGGGUGAGAGGGGAGGAAAGGGAUCGAUAACUUUUUUUUUCCGGUUGUUGUUGUGUAUGUGUGUGUAUGUGUAUUUAAAAAGCUGGACAAUGUUAAAUGCUUGAAGAAAAAAAAAUGUCAUUUGCAAAAGGAUGAUGUGAGGAAAACCUUUUCAGUAAGUGAAAACCACCAUGAGCAAUGUACAAUCCCCAGGGCUGCCAAGCAGCUUCCCAACAGGGCCAGAUGAGGGGAGGAAAGAAGGAAGUAAGGAAGGAAAGAGGAAAGGAAAGAGGAGGGAAGCUGGCUGGUGAUACUCUACUACUUUUUAAUAUUUAAGAUAAAUAAUGUGACUCUUUGUUUUUCUCUUGACUUAACUAUCCUGUGAGCAAAUGCUAUAUUAUAUCAUAACACACACCCAACGGCUCCUACUGUCGAUCAAAAGCGCUAAGGCUAUUUUUUUGACACAAAAAAAAACAAAAAAACACAAAAAACAAACAAAAGAAAAAAACACAAAAACUGUGAGAAUCUGCUGUCUUUUUUUGUCAUUUUACAUUUAGUAUGAAUACACAAAAACAAACCCUGAAAAGCUUUAGUCUAACCAGCACAAAGAUGUGGGUGGGGUGGGUGGGAUAUCUGGGUGGGGGUGGGUACAGUACAGAGGGGAAGGGGUUGGGUGUCGCUCAGAGAGACUAUGCAGUGGAGUGUUGAACCCAGGCUUCCAUGUCCACCUUGGGUUUUUUGCUUUCUUUAAAUAAAAACAAAAAAAAAAUAUCCCAAAAAACUUUAAAAACACAGCUGAGAUGGGAUUCCCAAUAAUAUUCCUCAAACAUGUUGUGCCAUCGUUGAAUCGUACUACUAGUACUACUAAUAAUAAUAAAAACUGAAAAAACCUUUAUUACCUAGCAACCGUCGGGCCAGUUGUAGCAGGAGAGGAGGACAGGUUAAGAUUUGCAAAGUCCAUUUCUUUAUUUUCACAGCUUGUCUCCUCCUCGAUAAGCCGAGGGGAGUGAGGCCGGUGAAACUGCAAAUUUUACACAACUACAAUGUUUUUUAUAGAGAUUCUAUCAAUCCAGUGUGUAGUUGGAUCACCUGUAAACCUAUUAUGCACAUUGCUUUGGGAGACUGUUGAAACUAUAUAUAAUAUAUAUAUAUAUAUAUAUAUAUGAGAAUAUAAACGUACAGUGUCUAUAAUCAACGAGAGGAAGUCUUCCUCUCUUACAAACAAAAACAGGAAGUACCUUUUUAUUUUCAAAUGUCUUCCUCGCGUCAUCAAAGGAUUUUAUCUUAAACUUUGGGGGAAACUGCACUUUUUGAAGGACAAUCUUUAUUUGUAUGGGUAUAAAAAUUGACAAAAACGAAGUCGCCUGAUAUUACAAGGUAUAGAAAACCAACUCCAGUGUGCUCUAAUAAUGAAUGUCUCCUCUGAUGCUGUCUGUUUGGUUUCAUUUAAUCUUUAUUCUCCUUCCUUUGUUGCUUGGUUUGUUCUGUAUUUUUUUUCUCCUCUUAUUUUUCUGGAUUUUAGUGCUCUUAAGAGAAUCUGUACUAAGGUGUAGAGUAGUAGGUAGUAGGUCUUCUGUUGGCUGUACUCGUAUACUGAUUACUGUUUGUAACCCUCUGGCUCCUGCAGCCAGCAUACAAAGCUGUAUAACUUGGGUACAACCCUCAAUAAAAGACUAACAAUGA